AUGGGUACUAAACCUCAAUAUAAUAGUCUUAUAAAACGAUCUGGUAGUCCUGGUGGUAGUCCUAUCAAAACUGGUAGUGUAGAGAAGCCAACAAGGACUUACAAUCGUUCAAGAAAAACCAAACUCCUCAAAUCAUUGAAUGUUCAUGCCAAUACGAAAAUAGGAAAGUAUCAUGAAGGAACCACCGAGAAAGAACCAGAACCUGAACCAAAGCCUGAAGUGACUAAUAGUUCGAUAUUGUCUUUCAUACCUGAUGGUUUCAAUGAUAGUGAUAGUGAUGACGAUUUGAUUGAUAUUGGAGAAGUUAAGGUUCAAUCAAAGACUCCUGACGUUGAUUUCAAAACCACUGAAAAAUUGGUGGCCAAUGGUAAUAAGCGAAUCAACACAUCUUCAGUAACGGAAAACACUUCUGAAGACAUCAAUUCAUCCAAUUUGAUAUCGAAUAUCCUUGAAAAAGAUAAUUUGGCUGAAAUCAAAAAUAAGUAUAAGGGUAAAGAACCACCUAAAGUUCCUUCAAAACCAGAAUUACUUAACAGAAUCGAUCCCUUACUUGAUAGAAUACCUGAUCUUCUCUCAGGUAAGGAAAACAUGUCAUUUUUCUACGACUUGGCCAAAGAAGAAAGGAAUAAAACGUCUAACGAGACUUUGAGACAAAGAGAUAAAUAUCAUAUUAAUUGGCAAAACUUUGCUGGGGGAUAUUAUGGUUUACAAAGACAACAAUUCAUAGCAUCGAUUAUCAUGGAAAAAUACCAACCCCAAUUAAAACAAAGCUUGAAAAAGAAUGCUACAGUUCAAUUCUGGGGGAUUGAAGACUUCUCCAAAUACGUUUUAUCCAAUGAGAUCAUUCUCCGAUUGAUUGUUGAGGAUAAGAAUUGUACGUUUGCUGAAGCUGAGGUAAUUAUACGUGAAACUAGUGAUUAUGCAGCAGUAACUGAUAGCACCGAGUUCUCAUAG